GCCCCGCCCCCCCGGGCCCGGGCCCGCCGCCGCCAUGUCGCGGGGGCCGGUGCGGGUGCUGCGGCUGGGGCUGCGGCCCUACGCCGAGGCGCUGCGGGUGCAGGAGCGGUGCGUGCGGGCGGCGCGUGCGGCGCGGGACGGGCCCGGAUCCCCCCCCGGCUCCGGGUCCGGGUCCGGGUCCCCCCCCGGGGAGAGCGUGGUGCUGAGCGAACCGGCGGGUCCCGUCUACGCGUGGGGGCUGCGGGGCGCCCCGGAGGCGGCGGCGGCGGCGCGGCUGCGGGCGCGGGGCGCGGGGCUGGCGGCGGCGCGGCGGGGCGGCCGCAUCACCUUCCACGGGCCCGGGCAGCUCCUCGCCUUCCCCGUGCUCGACCUGCGGCGCCGGCGGCUGCCGCUGCGCGGGUACGUGGGGGCGCUGGAGGCGCUGGUGCUGCGGCUCUGCCGCCGCCUCGGCCUGCCCGCCGCCCGCGGCCUGCCGCCGCCGCUCACCGGCGUCUGGGUGGGCGACAGCAAGCUCUGCGCCAUCGGGGUGCACUGUGGGAACCACAUCACCUCCCAUGGGCUGGCGCUGAACUGCUGCACCGACCUCACCUGGUUCGACCACAUCGUCCCCUGCGGGCUGGAGGGGAAAGGCGUCACCUCGCUGAGCCGCGAGCUGGGACGGCACGUCACCGUCGACCAUGUCCUUCAGCCCUUCCUCGACUCCUUCCAGGAGGUGUUUGACUGCACUUUGGUCUUUUCGGAAGAAUCCGGGGACUAGGAGAGCUGCGGCGCCUCAGCUCGGUGUUUCGGCAAACCCUCGGCGUGGCUGGCGAACGGCGCGGCAGCCGCUUGGGGCUUUUAUUGCGAGAUGAGCUCUCGUGUCUUUGCCUGUAGACGGUGUGUGAACAGUGGCGCAGGGGUUCGGGCUGUUGCUUAAACAUCCAAACCUCCAGUGGGGAUGCUCUCCCCACUCCCGUGGGGCUCUGUCCCUCCGCUGAGACCUCCGAGGGUACCGUGUCCCUGCCACUCGCUGGGGAAAUGCCCAAACAGGCACUUUUGUGUGGUUUUUCUGCCUCUCUCUCCCCAAAGUCAAAAAUCUCUGUGAACGUUCAUGCGCCCUUUGGGCAAGAGGAGGAGGGACCGGUCGGUGGAGCGUCUUUCCCUCACUGCUGCAUAAAAAGAGACCGAUUUUGUAUAAAGCGAGUUGUGGGAAGCUUC